CACCACCACUCGGAACAACAAAUCCAACACAAACGCCCACACAUGCAUCUGGCCAUAGGUGUUUUAUUGUACUACGAGAAGUGUCGCUCCACUGCCCAGAGUGUGUUCCAAAGAUUCGUUUUGUUUCGUCUUUAAUUUUUGACUUUCUCAAUUCGCCUUCAUGUUGCUCCGUUCGUAAGUUGUUCCAGUCCAUUCCGAGGCAGGCCGUACUAUUGUUUCCGUCGUCGUCCCAUCGUUUCGGUACCACGGCAGGUUUCCUCACCCUCUCCCGGUUUCUCGACCUGUUACGUUUCGGUCCGUCUCGGUUCAGUUUCGCUUUCUCGGUUUUUUGGUGUGAUAAGUGCGAACCGCCGUUGUUGGCCCAAUAUACCGUCGAGGACCGUUCCAUCCCUUUGGCUUGGGACAGUGCAAAGGGCAACGAGUGGUAGGGUUCUGUUUUUUUCUUUGACUAGCCGACCACACCGGGAGCAGGAUAGGAUCAGUCCGUCCUAUCUGCGCGGUCUAUAUCGGAGUGUGGGCCCCUUUCCCUCCUUCGUUUCGUCGAUCUGGGGGUAGAAAGCAACGAGGGCCGAACUCAUUCAAGCAGCACAGAACCCAGCGCAAUGAGCUUCCUGUUUCGCUCGAGCAAAACAUUCAAACCAAAGAAAAACAUUCCGGAAGGCACACACCAGUAUGACCUUAUGAAGCAUGCGGCCGCGACGCUCGGGUCGGGCAAUUUGCGCAACGCGGUACAGCUUCCCGACGGCGAAGAUCUCAACGAAUGGGUGGCAGUCAACACGGUAGACUUCUUUAAUCAAAUCAACAUGCUGUACGGUACAAUCACGGAGUUUUGCACCGAGGACACAUGCAGCAUUAUGUCGGCCGGACCAAAGUACGAGUACCACUGGGCGGACGGGCAGACGGUGAAGAAACCGAUCAAGUGCAGCGCGCCCAAAUACAUCGACUACCUGAUGACGUGGGUGCAGGACCAGCUCGAUGAUGAGACGCUCUUCCCGUCCAAGAUCGGCGUACCGUUUCCGAAGAACUUCAUCAACAUCGCCAAAACGAUCCUGAAGCGGCUGUUUCGCGUGUACGCGCACAUCUACCAUCAGCACUUCUCCGAGGUGGUGCGGUUGAGCGAGGAAGCCCAUCUGAACACUUCCUUCAAGCACUUCAUCUACUUCGUGCAGGAGUUCAAUCUGAUCGAUCGCCGGGAGCUAGCGCCACUGCAGGAUCUUAUCGACAAGCUCAUCACAAAGGAUGGCCGAUAAGUGCGACCGAACGCCCGGCUGUCGGUUUCACACUUACCGGGGGGAGGGUUUGGUAAGAUUCAUCCAGCGUGAUGGUUGCGGGACGAUGUGACACACAACACACAACGACUCGCUCCACUCUACUUCCCCCCCACUCCUAUUCUUAGCGGCCUCAUCUCUCGUCCUUGCACCGGAAAUCCGCGACCCUCUCUCACUAAGCUAAUUUAUUUCUUUUACCGCUACGAUGUUCUCGAAUGUGUUUUUUUUUUUUAAAUUAAAGUACGUUUUACAUGUUAAGAGCUUUGUGCCCGUGCCUGGCUUCAACCGGGAGUCCCUACUCGCUUGCAGAUGAUAAUAAUGGAGCAGAGAAAAAAAACGGUAGGGAGCCUAGGCUCCAGCGGCAGAGAGGCGGCAGUGUGGUGUAAACGGGUGGCAUUUUAUGAAAAUGUCCUUACAAUGUUUGUGUCGUACACGGUCGCAGUCGGGUUCCGCAAUCCGCAAUUUUGUAUAUAUCGUUGAUAGAUACCGCCUGUGUUUCCUUUUUCGGUUUCCUUUCGUUUGAUUGAUACGCACUGCGAAUUUUGUGCAAUUGCAAUUGUGCAACCCAGCCAGAUGAUCGUUUCUGUUCGUUUGCUGCUACAAGAGCAGAGAGAAAGAGAGAGAGAGAUACAGAGAGAGAGAGAGAGAGAGAGAGAGAGAGAGAGAGAGAGAGAGAGAGAGAGAGAGAGAAUGGCAUUGGCAAUUUAGUCCCAAGAGUAAAUCGAACAAAUUUCGCGUGUCCGUGAAUGCAUUUAGUGGUACUGCUUGAUUUGAAUUUUACUUCCCCGUACAAAGAAACAAUAAUGAUCUAGGGAAGAGUAUUGGUUUGAAGAGAUAUGCCUGUCCGUGUGGAGACAAUUUAAACCCCGCUUCAGCAUUCUGCACGCGAAACAGAACAAGCUCGGUACGACAGAAAGACGAUUACACUCGACUUUCAUCGCCGUUGAUACGCUUUUCUGUGAACACGCUCCUUGUUUCUGCUUUGCGGACACUAUUUAAACAUCAAAAAAGACAGGGAAAGAGUCUAAAUGCAGACACGAACGAUGAACGAACGGACGAAUAAUAUGCUAAAAGCAGCGCCAACAAUUGACUGAUGACGAUGGAGAGAAAUAAACAACAACAAAAAAAAAAAAAAACAAUGCACAGGGCAGCAAAGGAAACGGAUAGGCUUACAAGGAAA